CAGUACUAUCCAAGCACAACAAAGUCUCUCUUUCUCUCCCUUUCAACCACUGAUCACUUACAUCGAUUCAUAUAUAUAUCAAAACCAAAACGAGCAAGCUAUGGCAGUCCUUCCACUACCAGUGAGCCCUCUUCUUAUCACCCUUCUCUCCAUUUCCUUUGCCUUCUCACCUUUAGCGAAGGCAGCAGUACAAUACAGUGUGCUAAGUUAUGGGGCCAACCCUGAUGGAAAAACUGACUCAACCAAGGCCUUUGCGGCUGCUUGGUCACAGGCAUGCGCCUCCACACAGCCAGCCACUAUCUCUGUUCCUAAAGGGAGUUUCGCUUUAGGUCAAGUGAGGUUUCAGGGUCCUUGCAAGAAUAAUGCUAUUUCGAUACGUAUAGAUGGUACCCUAGUCGCUCCAUCAGACUAUGGGGUCCUUGGUAGGACUAAAAAUUGGCUAAUCUUUGAGCAUGUUAAUGGGGUUACUAUAUCCGGAGGGACUCUUGAUGGACAAGGAGCAGGACUGUGGUCAUGCAAGAAUUCCGGCAAGGAUUGCCCCAGCGGCGCGACGUCACUUGAAUUCUCCAAUUCAAACAACAUCGCAAUUACCGGAUUGGCAUCAUUGAAUAGCCAAAUGUUCCACAUUGUCAUCAAUGCCUGCCAAAACGUCAAAGUGCAAGGAGUGAGAGUCUCUGCUGCCGGAGAUAGCCCUAACACCGAUGGAAUUCACGUUCAAUCAUCGACCGGAGUCACCAUCUUGAAUUCUAGGAUUGGAACUGGUGACGAUUGUGUAUCAAUUGGCCCUGGUACCUCUAAUCUUUGGAUUGAAAAUGUGGCAUGUGGACCUGGCCAUGGAAUCAGCAUUGGAAGUUUGGGCAAGGACUCUCAAGAGGCUGGUGUGCAAAACGUAACAGUCAAAACCACUACAUUUACUGGUACCGAAAAUGGGGUGAGAAUUAAGACAUGGGGAAGGCCUAGCAAUGGUUUUGCUAGAAAUAUUCUUUUUCAACAUGCAGUCAUGACUAAUGUCCACAAUCCCAUUGUAAUCGACCAGAACUAUUGCCCCGGCGAGGAGAAUUGCCCAGGCCAGUUUUCCGGUGUGAAAAUUAGUGAUGUGACCUACCAAGACAUCCAUGGAUCAUCGGCUACGGAGAUUGCAGUGAAAUUUGAUUGUAGCAAAAAAUAUCCAUGCGCGGGUAUCAAAUUGGAAGAUGUAAAGCUCACAUACAAGAAUCAGCAAGCUGAAGCUUCAUGCAGCAAUGCUGGUGGAGUUGCUUCAGGCCUUGUUCAGCCCACUAGCUGUUUAUGAGAGCCUAAUUAAAGAGGGAAUGGUUGAUCAAACUCAGAAAAAGAUUUAUUUAUUACCAUAUACUAUAUAUAGCUAUAAAAAUAAAAAAGAAUGCAAUGAGUGAAAUAGCUCUUUGAGUGAGUUUAUUUCUUGAGUCUGUGGCACAUUUCUGCCCGAUCAUUGCAAAAACAAUGAGAUUUGUUGUGUACAAAUGACCCUUAAAAAUGCUGUAUGAGAUUUCAAUUCCUUUUUCCUUUAAAAUAGUAUUGUUUCAUAUCUC